AUGCCUUCCCUCUGCUUUCAGAAUGCCUCCCCAGCAAGGACGUCUCCAGCCCGGACAGCCCCAGCCCGGGCAUCACCUUCCAGGUCAUCAUCUGCCAGGUCGGCCUCCACAACAUCCUCUCCAACGAGAGUGUACCUUGUUAGAGCGGCACCAGUGGGGGCUGUACCUGUGCGGGCAUCUCCUGCCACAUCAGCACCAGCCACAAGGGCCACCAGUGAGAGCGCAGGUGUCAGCUUGCCCAAGUUCACCUGGCAGGAGGGCCAGAAGAGGCUGCCGCUCAUUGGGUGUGUCCUCCUCCUCAUUGUCCUGGUGGUGUCGCUCAUCAUUCUCUUCUACUUCUGGCGGGGCCACACAGGGAUCAAGUACAAGGAGCCGGUAGAGAGCUGCCCCGUGCAUUCUGUGCGCUGUGAUGGAGUGGUGGACUGCAAGCUGAAGAGCGAUGAGCUGGGCUGUGUGAGGUUUGACUGGGACAAGUCUCUUCUUAAAGUCUAUUCUGGAUCCUCCCAUCAGUGGAUUCCUGUCUGCAGCAACAGCUGGAACAACUCCUACUCAGUGAAGACCUGCCAGCAGCUGGGUUUUGAGAGUGCUUAUCGGACAACCGAGGUGGCCCAUAGGGAUUUUACCAGCAGUUUCUCAAUUUCUGAAUACAACUCCUCUGUCCAGGAAAGCCUCUACAGGUCUGAAUGCCCUUCCCAGCGGUAUGUCUCUCUCCAGUGCUCCCACUGUGGACUGAGGGCCAUGACGGGGCGGAUCGUGGGAGGGGCACUGGCCCCAGAGAACAAGUGGCCUUGGCAAGUCAGUCUGCACUACGGCACCACCCACAUUUGUGGGGGCACGCUGAUCGACGCCCAGUGGGUGCUCACUGCUGCCCACUGCUUCUUUGUGACCCAGGAGAAAAUCUUGGAAGGCUGGAAGGUAUAUGCAGGCACCAACAACCUGCACCAGCUGCCUGAGGCAGCCUCCAUCUCCCAGAUCAUCAUCAAUGGCAACUAUACUGACGACGAGGACGACUACGACAUCGCCCUCAUGCGGCUCUCCAAGCCCCUGACCCUGUCUGCUCACAUCCAUCCUGCCUGCCUCCCCAUGCAUGGACAGACCUUCAGCCUCAAUGAGACCUGCUGGAUCACAGGCUUUGGAAAAACCAAGGAGUCAGAUGAGAAGACAUCCCCCUUCCUCCGGGAGGUGCAGGUCAACCUCAUUGACUUCAGGAAGUGCAAUGACUACUUGGUCUAUGACAGUUACCUUACCCCAAGGAUGAUGUGUGCUGGGGACCUUCGGGGAGGCAGAGACUCUUGCCAGGGAGACAGUGGGGGGCCCCUGGUCUGUGAGCAGAACAACCGCUGGUACCUGGCAGGAGUCACAAGCUGGGGCACGGGAUGUGGCCAGAGAAACAAACCCGGUGUGUACACCAAAGUGACAGAACUCCUUCCCUGGAUAUACAGAAAGAUGGAGAGUGAGGUACGCUUCCGGAAAUCCUAAGCAGCUGUCCUGUUCCACCUCAUAGCACUGACUGCUGCAAAGAAUGGGCCAUUUGCAACAUCAUCUGGGCUAAAGGCCACCAGACACCUUCGUUACUGCCAUCUCCACUGUCUGUUGUCUCUGGGAAUAUACACGUACGUGUGUGUGUGUGUGUGUGUGUGUGUGUGUGUGUGUGUGUAUCAUUGCUCUCCCAAGUUCUUCAGAAACCAGGAGAGUUAUCAGCUCUUCCCAAACCCCAGGCUGGAAAUAAUAACCUGGAGACAACAGUUUGGGCACCAUGGAGGUUUCUACAGGGGUGUCCACAAUGGAUGGAGGAGGUAGGGCCCUGGGAAGAGCCUGGAAGGCCCCCACAUCAGGAAUUCUUGCUCCUUGGACUUUGACUCAGGGACCAGCCCAGGUGACACCACCACUAUCCAGGAACAGUAACGGCUUCCGUUGGAGUGCCUGGACUAUCCCUAACAGGAAGAUGUUCCCGAUGGCGUUACAAGCUUCCUGUUCUCUCAGACCUCCUGCCGGUGCCAUGGGUGUAGACAGGUGACUGCCCUGUAGAUGUCCAUGCUGACAACUGGGAACAGGGCUCCUGUUCUUGUUUAGUGACAGGCUGUUGGGAGCGGAUUUCAUUUUAUUUUUAUAUUUAAGAAAUAGAAGUAGAUGUAUUUUAAAAGAUUCUCCAAAAAUUCCUGGAGUCAGGACAGCCAGCAUCAGUCACUCCAAGAACUCUGAGGGACUCACGGAAGCUGUGCCGCUCCAGAGUCCUGUGGAAUGUUUCAGGCCUCAAGGGACCGGAUGAAGUGGCCCCUUUGAGACACUCAGGGAAUGACUCCUCAUUUCAGCUACUGGGGAAACCCAAGACAAAGACAGCCACAACUGUUGCUGCAUCAAGGGCUACAACCAGGACAUAAAGAAACGGAUGCUGCUUUUCCUUGGGCCCCUCAGACUGUGGGGAAACUCAGUUGGACAGUUAUCCCUCAUUCCCAGUGCUGUCCUGGAACUUGGGAGUUUCUUUUCAGCAUUCUCCAGCGUUCACUUCUCAGUUGUUCCAGAAACACAACACCGAUAUGAAAACUGCCAUGGAGAGAACGCUGGCACUCUCCCUAGGCUCUCCAAACAGCUCUUCUAAAGGAUUCCAGUUACCCUGCUUCCGCAAGCCAUCAGUGUGCCUGACCUCCUCUCCAGCUGAAGGCCUGGACCUUCUCCAGCCUUUUUCCUGGGACACCUCUUCCUUCCCAGUCUCCUUCUCCCCAUCUUGUUUGGGCCUGUCUGUUGGUGCUAUGACUCCCAGAGGCAGGGUUCAAGCAGAUCAGCCCAGCCAAGCCCAAGGAGGUGGCCACUUGGUGGAAAGAUUGCACUUGAAGAGCAGGCUGGAGUUGGCUAAUGUUGCUGUUCCAGGGCUGA